CAAAUGCGCAUUUUGACGUCUUUUUUCCCCCAUAAUCCACUGCGUCUCCGGUCUUCCACAUUUGGAAUCAGCUCCGAGUGUCAAUCCCAAGAUGGCGCUCCAUCGGUUAUUCCAGCUGUCGUCUGUGCUGCGAUCCGCAGUGAGCCUGACACUGCGCAGGAACAUCGGCAUGUCCGCCGUGGUCUUCAACAAAGCCAAGGACCUCGACCCCAUCCAGAAACUGUUCCUGGACAAGAUCCGGGACUACAGCAACAAGAGCAAGACGGCUGGCGGCAUCGUGGACGCGGGUCCGGCCUACCAGAAGAACGUGUCUGAGGAAGUAGUCAAGCUGCAGAGGCUAUACGGCGGAGGAGACCUGAACAAGUUCCCCGACUUCAAAUUCACAGAGCCAAAACUCGACGAAAGUCCCAAGUGAAGACGUUUGUCUCCUACUCGUCACCAAGAUGUUGUAUUUAAUAAAAGUUCAAGGAGUCUUUACCUAUAAAACACA